AUGGCGGUGACGGCGGCGAAUCUCUCGACGUUCGGCGGCAUCGCGACGGUGUCGCUCGUGCACUCGCUCAUCCCCACGCACUGGCUGCCGUUCAGCGUCGUGGGUCGCGUGCAGAAAUGGACCAUCCACCAGACGCUCUCCAUCACGGCAUUGGGUGCAUUCCUGCACGUGCUAUCCACGUCCAUCCUCGGGUUCACCGCAGUCACCAUGGCACACACGCUCGCAGGGGAGGAGGCAGUAGAAGCCAUCGCGUCCCUCCUCCUGCUCCUCCUCGGCGCCUGCUACAUUGCCCUCUUCCUCCUCACCCGCGGAAAACCCUCCCACUCCCACUGCCACGCCCACUCCCACCUGCCAACAACCAUGGCUGCUGCUGCCGCCGCCACUGCAGCCGCCACCGGAACCUCCUCGCCUGGUGGCUCCGCUGCUGCUUCGUCGAAAAGCGCGAACGCGAGUGGGAAACCUGAGGGGAUGGAGAGGAUAGCAGUGCUGGGGUUGGUGCUGGUGCCAGCGCUGUCCCCCUGUGCCACGACUCUCCCGGUGUUUCUGGCCAUCAGUGACGCGUCGGUGGGCACGAUGGCCAUUGCAGUGGCCGUGCUGCUCGCCUGCACGCUGUUCGUCAUGCUCACGCUCGUUGCACUCUCUUUUUAUGGAGCUUCUCAGGUGAAAUUCGGGUGGUUGGAGCGGUACGAGAAGCUGGUGGUGGGGGUGAUUCUUUGCGCCGUGGGCAUUCUCACUCACCUCUUCCACCACCAUGACCACCCACACGGGCACACCCACGGGCAUGAGGGGCAUGUGGGGCAUGCUGCUUACCACCAGCAUGCUUCUGUGUUUGCACCGGGGCAUACUGACAUCAUCACUGCUGGCACCAUGCUGAGCCACCAUCACUGA